CUCGAGACCAACACCGGAGCCGGAGGCAGAGACGAAGGGAGAGUCGACAAGGGAAGGCAACGAUGGUGUCCGGCUCCGGUGUGUCCGCGCGCCGCGUGGUGGUGGACGCGCGUCACCACAUGCUGGGCCGCCUCGCCUCGAUCGUUGCCAAGGAGCUCCUCAACGGGCAGCGCGUGGUGGUGGUCCGGUGCGAGGAGAUCAGCAUCUCCGGCGGGCUGGUCCGGCAGAAGAUGAAGUACCUCCGUUUCCUCCGCAAGCGGAUGAACACCAAGCCCUCGCACGGGCCCAUCCACUACCGCGCCCCGUCCCGCAUCUUCUGGCGCACGGUCCGUGGCAUGAUCCCGCACAAGACCGCCCGCGGCGAGGCCGCCCUUGCCAGGCUCAAGGCCUACGAGGGUGUCCCGCCGCCGUACGACCGCACCAAGCGCAUGGUCAUCCCCGACGCCCUCAAGGUUCUGAGGCUGCAGCCGGGCCACAAGUACUGUCUUCUCGGCGAGCUCUCCAAGGAGGUCGGAUGGAACUACCACGAAACCAUCAAGGAACUUGAGGAGAAGCGGAAGGAGAAGGCUAAGGUCUCGUAUGACAGGAGGAAGCAACUGACCAAGCUACGCGUCAAGGCUGAGAAGGCUGCCGAAGAGAAGUUGGGUUCUCAGCUGGAGAUCCUGGCACCAAUCCAGUACUAGUGUGCUAUUGGAUUGCUGGACAAUGCUUGUGAUCUUUAUUAUUUACCUUAGUAGCAAUGAGAUUUCAAACUGCUGAGUACCUAUACUAUUCCAAUCUUGUAGCAAAUGAAUUGUUUGUUUUCUGGAAAUGUGAUAUUUUUGGGUUUGUUGGUCUA